AUGAAGGUCUCACCUCCGCUAUUUCUUUUUAGUACCAUUUUUCUUUCUCAUCUUGGUGCGGCUGGUCCGUUGUGGCGCAAUGGAACAAGUAGGAAUUUUAUACGAGGUGGUGAAAGGAAAAGAGAUAGUGUUACUCCCAUCGCGAUCACUAUUUUACCUGGGACGGUCACUUCUUCGAUAAUCAGUACUACAGCUCAACCCGAAUCCACAUCGUCAAUAGAAGGAAUCACCACAUCCAGUACGAGUGCAACGACUCUUUCCUCACAGUCGAGCAGCACUUCAACGACGUCUGUGGUACAAUCAACUGAGGGAUCGAAAACGACGGAAUCGAAAAACGCGACGGGUACUUCUAGCACGUCAUCAGAUGAAUAUAACGAAUCAAAGACGUCAUUGAGCCCUGCUACAUCUUCCUCCCAGCUACUUUCUUCAAUCAUAUCAAGUACAGGAGGUACAGCCCCGGCACGAUCAAGUCAAGUUUCAAAAACCAAAACCAGAGAUGGAAGCGGAAUUCCAACAGCAACAGAACUAACAUUGACGAUUACUCCACCGUUGAACACGGCGCCUACCGGAAAAUCUUCUACGCAGAGUGAAGCAUCAAGUCAGGGUACAUCUGAUUCACAAGCGAGUUCUUCCUCCUCGAGCCAGGUUUCUUUGCAGACUACAACAUUUGCGCCUCUACCUACGAGUUUACCUGAGAGUAAUCUUACGGCGAAAGUUUCCUCAAUAUCAUUAGAUAGUUCGACACCAUCAAGUCUGAAUUCUGUUCAGAGUACGACAUUCCCACUUCUUCCAACUACCUCUUCAAAGGCUACUGCAACCCCAAAGAGCUCUUCGGGUGAGACUUCUGAGGGGUUUUCGUCAGCAACUUUGACAUCAGUACUGACGUCAGUGUCGGGUGUAUCAGUCGCACCAUUUGGUACUGGAAAUUCAAGCACGGUAGCCACGGGAAUCCCGCAAAUCUCCAGUAAUUCGGGUCUGAGUUCCGGACCCACGAUUAGUAUUACAACGAAGGCUUCUGGAGUCACUUCUCAGAGUUCUGUAAGGGAAACACUGUCACCCAUAACGGUUCUAUCGAGUACUGCUGGAGCCUCAAGUUUAGUGGAAAGUGUCUUAUCGACGAAGGAGACUUCGAAGGUUACGGCUCAACCGCAGAGCACAAUCACGCCGUCUAGUACGUCGGUUACUCAAGCGCCAGGCUCUACCACAGGAACGUCUGAGCGGAGUGUUACUCCCCAAACUUCAAUGACGGGAGAUGCGUCUCAGGCGACAUCGACUGAUUCUCUACAAACGACAUUUGUAUACGUAACCACAAUUGUGCCAUCUUCGACUCUAGGAGUUGUCCCAACCUCUACCACAGGAACAUCUGAGCAGAGUGCUACUCAAAAAUCCUCAAUAACGGGAGAUUCAUCUCAGACUACAUCGAGUGAUUCUCUGCAAACAACAUUUGUAUACAUAACCACAGUUGUUCCAUCCUCAACUAUUGGAGUUAUCCCAAGCUCUUCAUCUUCAUCUACAACCUCGACUUCAUCUAUACAAGUGAAAACCACAAAAUUCGACUCCUCCACAUCAUCAUUCUCUUCGGUAGCAACAACUAUCAAAACGUCUGAGGUCUCUUCGUUUUCCCCAUCCUCAGAGCCACAAACUACAAUUUUCCCCGAACUACCCACUACACAACCUGCUAGCACCGCAGAAAUCCUCCUAACAACCGUAACACCAUCAACAAAAACAAGAGAGUCAUCUUCUAGCACCACAAGGAUACCUACCUCUACAUCCUCCAUCAAAGAAACCGCCAGUCAAGAAUCUAUCCCCGCACCUACAACCCAAAGAACCACAGUCGAAAUCCCCAAAACUAUAGAAAUAGCCAGCACCAUAAUCAUCAGUAUAAACACCGCAGAUUCGAACAACGGUGCUGUGACAGCAUUAACUAUUAUUCCCGUUACUGCUGGAUCCGGUUCAAAAUCUAAUUCUAGAUUUGGUUCUGGCAACGGCGCUCCCAAAACCACAAGCAACGAAGGAAAUAGCGGCGCAACGACAUCUAUAACCAUCAUCAACGCUAGUCCUACAGCUUCCGCAACAGCGGGUGGUAAUGGUUUGGCACAGACUACACCUUCUCCUUCUUCUACUGCUCAGACUCCUGUUCGCACAUCUAUAGCUACAAGUGUGAGUGAUGAUGGGCGGAGAACAACGACGUUGAGUAUUCGCCGCCGAAGGAAACGAGUACGAUUACUACUGCGCCAGUAGCGACGAGUAUGAGCGCGGCGGUGAAUGUUUGUUUGGGAGUGGGAGGGGAUGGGAAAAUUACUAGUAUGAGUAGUUGUGUGGGUGGUGCGACGGAGACGCAGACGGAGACGGUGAGUGUGAGUGUCACGGUUACGGCGAGGGAGACGGUUACGGUUAGGGGGUAGGGUAUAGGGAUGUGAUAGGGGGAUGUU